GGCUGGCCGUUCUCGUAGCUUAUAGUGUGGAGUACCUGCGCUCUGUGGCAGUGUUAUUGGAGUCGAAAGAAGACAAGACGGUUUGGUUCCUUGAUGAACUUUCGUUUUUAGUCAAACAACGAUCAGUGCGUCUUUACAAGAAUAAAAAAGCAGAACCCUUAAAGUGACUCCCAGCAUCCCCUGAAGGAGACCGCUGUGGGAUCGAUUGACCAAGAUAAAGAAUACAGUGUUAUUCUUUCCCUCCGGAAGUACAAAGGAAAACUUUGUAUUGAAAAUCUUUGACUUCAACACACAGCUAGGAAUGAUUGUACAGAGCCACCUCUGAGAGCGAUCCCCUGCACACUCUUGAGCAAACAAACCAUUCCCAGCCUAAAGUGGACGUCCAACUUUCUAUCACGUGACUCAGACCCCAAAUUGUCAACACAGUGAACCAGCCUUGUUCUGUGGUCUCUGCCCUGCUGGGCGGGCAGUUCCUCAUACAGGUUGGAGUGUGUUUAUGGCUCAGUGAGUCCUGCUUGCAUCAGUGAAGAGAUGUCUGAAAAGAAAGCCAGGAACCCAGACGCGCGGCCCAAGUCAAACCGCAGCCGGAGUCUGGACAGCUACGCCUGGAGCCGCAAGAAACGCUCGAGGAGUGGCCGGAAUGAGCCCACCACGUCGAUUGGCUGCUCAGAGGGGGAGGGGGCAGAGCUGUCGGGGAGAAUCGCUUCCUGUCCACAGAGGCACAGAGAGAGGAAGUACAGCUCCUCCUCGGCCGGUGACCUGGACUGUGACUCCUCUCGAAAAGUCUUGUCCGGGCGCUCUCUCAGACAGACACUGCAGGACGCCGUGGUCCAGUGCUUCCCCCUCCGCACCCACCACCAGACCGGGGCCUCGCGCCCGUUCUCCAAGCUGCUCUGGUCCAAACGCAAGAUUCACGUCUCGGAGCUAAUGCAGGACAAGUGCCCUUUCUCGCCCAAGUCGGAGCUGGCCCACUGCUGGCACCUCAUCAAGAGGCACUCCUCCCAACACCCUGGAUCUGGAGGGGAGCAUGCGAGCAAAGGGGAGCAGACAACCUCAACACCACUUCUGAUCUCCUGGGAAGAGAUCAGCUCCCAGAGUUUACGGAGAAACAAGCAGGGGGUUCAGGGUGGGGAGAUGGAGGAUUCGAAUGAGGACACGGUGUCGCUCUGCACCUUCCCCGGCUUGGGAAGCCGCUCGGAGGACGCUGUCUGCAGCCUGGUCCCUGACCUGCUCCAGAUCAACAACAGCCCCUGUUACUGGGGCGUGCUGGACCGCUACCAGGCAGAGGAGCUUCUGGACGGCAAGCCGGAGGGGACCUUCCUGCUACGGGACUCUGCGCAGGAUGACUUUCUGUUCUCGGUCAGCUUCCGGCGCUACAGCCGCUCCCUACACGCGCGCAUCGAGCACAGCGGCCAGCGGUUCAGCUUUGACGGACGGGACCCCUGCGUGUACCAGGAUCCCAGCGUGACCGGGUUGCUGCAGCACUACAGCGACCCGGCUGCCUGCCUCUUCUUCGAGCCUCUGCUCUCCCUGCCCCUGCCACGCACCUUCCCCUUCUCCCUCCAGCACCUGAGUCGUGCCGUGAUCAGCAGCUGCACCACCUACCAGGGUGUGGACUCCCUGCCCCUGCCCCCCUCACUGCAGGACUACCUGAGACAGUACCACUACAAGCACAGGACCGGGGCAGAAUCCAGCUGAGCAACAGCUUACAGCAUUGCACGCACACACACACGCACACACGCACAGACAUACA